AUGAAGAGCAAGGACUACGCCGAGAUCUUCGACCAGAUGUCUUUCGUCGGGACGAGAUACCCUGACCUGACGGCUUACGAGGCUGAUGAUGAACCCUCUGCCUGCUACCAGAAGGAAACCAUCGAGUUCCUCUCCACUCUCCGAGUUAACUUCUACGAGCCUGACGAGAUCGUGCCUGAGGGUCAUGGAAGUGGAAGAUGGGCGAGAAACAGAGCCUGGAACGCCACAAGGGAGCUUCAAGCCUUCUGGGCAAUGAUCGGAGUUGGCGAGUACAUGGCUAGCACUGCCAAGAGCACACACAUCAGGAACCCCGUGCUCCGAUACGUCCACAAGGCCCUCGCUCACACCAUCUAUGCGAGGCGAGAUGUUACUGGUGUCACCGAAAAGGAGCUCUUCUUCCUAAAUGAAGGGAUGAAGAAGGGAGUAUGCUCUCUCUCUCAACAAAGUGCACAAGGCAAGCAGUGGUCAGCUGAGCUGUGGAGGACUCAUAACGCCGAUCCUCAUGAACUGGGAAUCACGCUUGAGAAGCCGGUCGAUCCUCAGGCGAUAAACAUCCAGUACCUCCGCAAGAGCACCUUACCUCGCGAGAACAUAGACUUUGAGCCUCCUAUCGAGACCAUUCUCGAGCAAGGCCAAGAGGAGGAAGACUACGCUCACCCUGGAGCAGCUGGCGAAGGUGAGAGCUCAGGCGACGUGGAGAACCUCAUGGACUACAAAACCGGAGAGUUCCACUUCAAGAACCACGAGAUCAAAGGGAGGAAGUCAGCGGCUAACACCGCACUUGAGAGCAUCAACACGCUAAAAGCCUGGAACCAGUUCCAGGACAAAGCGAUCAAGUCCCUCCUCAAGACCGUGAAGAAGAUGGGGAAGCGCAUCAAGCAGCUGACCAAGGGCAAGAGCAAGUCUCCCAGCCACGACUCCGACAACACUCCUCCGAUACACCUCGGUUCCUAUCAUGACGACGACGUAGUCGAGGACUCCGAAGAAGGUGAUGAAGGCUCCUCCAAAUUCCAAACGGCAGAGACCUCAACCAGGAAGAGGAAGGCCUCGAAGUCACCUCAAGCGAGCACCAAAGGGUGA